AUGCGAGUAUACGAAUGCAGUGGUCAUUGAAGGUUGUCAAGCGUAGGCAAGAUGGUUUGAAAGCUGCCAAAGAGGUUGCUGCUACUUCUAUUCUUGUCUUUGACUUGACUUUCCAAGAAAGGAUUUACGUCCGGAGCUUAAAGAUCGUCACCAUCUCAUUCGAAGAGAGUUCAGAGUCGAUGUGAUGAAAUGGCGGUCCGGACCUCGACGACGUCAGAGAGCAGUGUUUGAAUCAUUGAUGGUUCUUCGGUGCUUCUGUCGCAAGGUGAGGGUUCAGCAUGUGCAUGAAGGGUUGCUGAUGAGACCACUGGAAACAAAGACAUGCAUGGUUGCUGUCGGCCGUCUGCGAGUGAUUGGCUGCGCUUGCAUGCUUCCCGCCUGUCUCUACCCGCCACAGCUGAGUAGAUCCUGGGCUUGUCACGCAGUACAACCAGCGAGAGCCGCAAUGCUUGGUCACUGUUUGGGGGGCGUAGGUUUUCAGCAAUUGGCCGGUUUCGUAGUUCAUCUCCAGAUCACUAGUACGACAUUGAGCCGCCGAGCCGGUUUGUCUACCAAAGCCUGCUCGUUGUCAGCCGCUAACCUCCACAGGCACGUCCGUUUCCAACCUCUGCCCGUUGAUCGCAAGCGGCCAACGGUAGGUACGUAAGUGCAGCGCUACAGGCCGUGUUCACUCAAGCCAAGCGAUGGACCCAAAUCCGGUGGACGAGGCUAACGCCGGCUGGCCCAACCUCCCCCUCCCUGGCAUUCCACAGCUUGAUGAGCAUGGGAUAUAAGAAGGAAGGCACAUUCCUCCCAUUGUUGCCUUCUGUUUACACAUCAAUCCGCCUCGUCAACCUUAAG